UAAGCUAAACAAAAGUCACCGCCGGAGUGUUAAGAUCGAAACCAAAUUUCAACAAUGAACCAAACAGCCCUUUCACCAUCAAAGCAAUGGCACCCCUCAAAUCAACCAAACCUAAAACCUCUCACCACUUCACCCACCACCUUCAACCCAAUCAAAUCCCUUCGAUUCAACAACCAAAACCUCCCAGUCCUCCGUUCCGCCCUAAACCCUUCAUCCCAGCCUCCACCGGUCGUCGUCGUUGGCUCCGCCAAUGCCGACAUCUACGUCGAGAUCGACCGCCUUCCAAAGGACGGCGAAACCAUCUCAGCUAAAACCGGCCAAACUCUAGCCGGCGGGAAAGGCGCCAACCAAGCUUGCUGCGGCGCUAAAUUAUCGCAUCCGACUUACUUCGUCGGUCAGAUUGGGGAUGAUGCUCACGGAAACCUUGUGGCGGACGCUCUCCGGGAAGGCGGUGUUGUUCUGGAUUAUCUGUCUGUUGUGCCGGCUGCUCCGACUGGGCAUGCAGUUGUUAUGCUGCAGGCGAGUGGACAGAAUUCGAUUGUGAUCGUUGGUGGGGCUAAUAUGAGUUUUUGGCCUGAGAAUUUGCCGGUUCGGCAUUUGGAAGCUGUUUCUUCUGCUGGGAUUGUUUUGUUGCAGAGGGAGAUUCCAGAUUUUGUUAAUGUUCAAGUGGCAAAGGCUGCAAGGAAUGCUGGUGUCCCAGUAAUAUUUGAUGCUGGGGGAAUCGAUGCACCAAUUCCACAAGAAUUACUGGAUUUUGUUGAUAUUUUUAGUCCCAAUGAAAGUGAACUUGCUCGCCUUACAGGAUUGCCAACCGAAAGUUUUGAAGAGAUUACAGAGGCUGCUUUGAAAUGCCAUAAACUGGGCGUUAAGCAAGUUCUUGUAAAACUUGGUGACAAAGGAUCUGCCCUUUUUGUAGAAGGAGAAGAACCAAUUCAGCAACCAGCCAUAUUUGCUAAAACAGUCAUUGAUACAACCGGAGCUGGCGAUACUUUCACUGCUGCUUUUGCUGUAGCGUUAGUGGAGGGAAAGUCCAAAAAGGAAUGCCUCAGAUUUGCCGCUGCUGCAGCGUCUCUUUGUGUACAAGUCAAGGGAGCCAUUCCCAGCAUGCCUGGUAGAAAAUCUGUUCUCGAACUUCUUAAUCACCAUUGAAGAAACAUGCAAAAGGUCACAAUAAGGAGUAGCAGGAAUAAAUGUGCAUGGCAUAGCGAAGAUUCUUGAAAAUGACAAGGAAAAGAAAACUUUUCUGUAGAAGCUUUUUUUGUAGAUGGGCACUUGGGGGUUGUAGUUUGUUUGUCAUUUCAAUAAGACGGUUAGUUUGGAGGGUUCACCUAAAUGAUGUAAACAGAUGAUAAUAUAAUAAAUGUCAGUUUUUUUGUCAAUAAUUAUAUUUACUUUCAAGUUA